AUGAUCAAUUGUGCCAAGCUAAAAGUCAUAGACCUAGGAAACAACUUGAUCAUGGACAUGUUCCCAGAGUGGCUUGGUGUUCUUCCUUUGUUGAAAGUGCUUGUCCUACGGGCAAACCAGUUCCAUGGUACCAUUGAUCACUAUGGGUUGCACCCCUUCUUUACAGAGCUGCAGAUUCUGGACCUUUCUUCAAACUCUUUUAAUGGAAGCAUACCUAUAGGAUUCCUCAAGCAGUUGAAAGCUAUGAUGGUGGUUUCUUCACAAGUUUCCAGCACGUAUGUUGAAGUUGUGGCAUCAGUAGCAGCAUCUCCAGAUUACCAACCAAACUACAGGGAGUCAGUCACGGUCACACUCAAGGGGCAAGAAACAACUCUGGUACAAAUACUUUCAGUCUUCAUGUCCCUUGAUCUCUCCAACAACAAAUUUGAAGGUGUCAUCCCUGACGAGAUCGGUGACUUAAAGUCUCUCAAGGGGCUCAACCUAUCCAAGAACUCCUUCAUCGGCGGGAUCCCUCCCCGGGUCGUGAACAUGGUGCAGCUGGAGUCACUUGAUCUCUCCUUCAACCAGCUUUCCGGAGAGAUCCCUCCUGCCAUGGCACUCAUGUCAUUUCUUGAGGUGCUUGACCUCUCCUACAACCACCUGUCAGGGAUGAUACCACAGUCCAGCCAGUUCUUAACGUUCCCGGUCACAUCAUUUGUAGGGAACGAUGGGUUGUGUGGGAAGCCGCUUCCACUACUGUGUGACGUGAGCCAGGCACCCUCAACUGCUGCUACACACGUCUCUUCUUCAUCUUCUAAAGAGUUCAACUGGGAAAUUUUGUCAGUUGAGGCAGGGUUCCUUUCAGGCUUGGCCAUCGUGGUUCUAACCACAUUGCUAUGGGGCAACGGGAGGAUGUGGGUGUACCAGCAAGUGGACAAGCUUCUGUUGGAUGCUCUGCAUCCAUGGAUCCGUGGCCAUCACCACUAA